AGGUGACUGAGGAUGCCUCCAGGUCUGUGUUAUAAAGAGGAAGGCCACAAUCCCGAAGCCAGAGAAGAAAAGGGAAGGAAGGAAGGAAAGGAGAGAGCUUCAACUUUGCUUUCAACUUUACCUGGUUAAGAAAUGUUUGCCUCCAACCCUUGCAAACAUACCAGCUUAUCCUGAGAGAAGACUGUGCUUCUGGAAGACAGGGUGUGAGGCUGUGUGCUCCUGGCAAGGGGGUUCCUUUCAGUGAAGGGGCUUGAAUUUGCUCACACUCCGCAUAGGUAUUGGGUAGGAUGGUUUUUCAUCCCAAGUUCUAGAUUUUCAUGAAUGCAUUUGUCCAGAAGUGAAUUCUUUCAUAGAGAAAAUGCCACCCUAAGAAAAAUCGUCUCGUCACCCCAGGACCCAUUUGGGGAGCAGCCUAAACCAAGGAACAAUUUCUGGUUAAAAUGGCAGCAUGUUGUCCUUUUCCCAGCUGGAGUCCAAUGAGAGGGAAGCGAUUCAAGAGUUAGAACUUCUGGGGUUGGGAGGGAGAGAAAAGAGGAAGGAGAUGAGAUGGGCAGAAGGAGGUUGUUUCCAAGACAACAGUUUGGAGAAAGAAAAGACAAAGCUUCGAAAGAAAGAAGGCCAGCUGGACAAAUAGCCUGGAAACCAGUGGAAAAGAUGGUCCAGUACUUGGCACCAUGUCAGGGACCAAGUAAGACUUAACGUGGAAAAGUCAAAUGACUAGUUCUUCAGCAUUUCUUGGCCUCUUGUACCAGAAGUGGGAGGAGACACCUGGCCAGUAUUUAUAUGCAGAGUAGGGUUUGUGGUACAUAAAGACUCCCUCCCCAACCAUAUCUUCCUCAACUUAGCAUUCUCCCUUUCCAAAGAGCCUGGCCCAAGGCUUUAUCAGUCGCUGCCUUCUGUCAAGGAGAAGCCAGGGAGUUUGAGCCUAGGCAAGUAAUAACAAUGGAGGAUAACCCCACUGUCAUUAAGAGGGACGGCCAUGAGGGGCAAAGUCCAUCCUGGCAAGGGAGAAGGUUCAUGCCCAGAGUCAUUGGCUACGUCACCGGAGACAUGAGAGAGUAUGCAGACUGGCUCAAAGAUAAACCUGUCAUACUUCAGUUCCUUGACUGGAUCCUUCGAGGCAUAUCCCAAGUGGUGUUUAUUAAUAAUCCCAUCAGUGGAAUCAUCAUCAUAAUUGGGCUGCUGGUCCAGAGUGCCUGGUGGACCCUCACAGGCUGCCUUGGAAAUAUAGUGUCCACAUUGACAGCACUACUGCUCAGUCAGGACAGGUCAGCAAUAGCAGCUGGGCUUCAUGGCUAUAAUGCCACCCUGGUGGGAAUACUCAUGGCUGUUUUCUGCAACAAGGGAGACUAUUACUGGUGGCUUUUAUUCCCUGUGAUUGUCAUGUCCAUGACAUGUACAAUUUUUUCAAGUGCAUUGGGCUCAGUGCUCUGUAAAUGGGACCUCCCUGUCUUCACCCUGCCUUUCAACAUGGCACUAACAAUGUACUUGGCAGCCACUGGACAUUACAACCCUUUCUUUCCCACCAAGUUAUUUGAACCUGUAACGUCUGUUCCCAAUGUUACCUGGUCUCACAUCAAUGUCCCUGAGUUACUCAAAGCCAUCCCAGUGGGAGUUGGUCAGAUCUACGGCUGUGAUAAUCCUUGGACUGGUGGCCUUUUCCUGGUUGCCAUUCUCUUCUCCUCCCCACUCUCGGGCUUUCACGCAGCGAUUGGAUCCACAGUGGGGAUAAUAGCAGGCCUGACCCUUUCAGCUCCUUUUGAAAAUAUCUACUUUGGAUUAUGGGGUUUCAACAGCUCUCUGGCCUGUAUCGCAAUAGGAGGGAUGUUCAUGGCUCUCACUUGGCAGACUCAUCUCCUAUCACUUGCCUGUGCUCUGUUUACUGCUUACCUGACCAUAGCAAUUGCACAUAUGAUGGCUGUGUUUGGUUUGCCAUCGUGUACCUGGCCCUUCUGCUUGGCCACACUCAUCUUCCUCUUAGUAACAACAAAAAAUCACUCGAUCUACAAGCUGCCACUCAACAAAGUGACUUACUGUGAGGAGAACCGCACCUUCUACCUGAAAGCAAAGAAAAAGUUAGCAGAAAGCCCUUUGUAAUGGAAAGACCAAAUCAAAACCAAUCCAUCUAAUUUCAAACCCAGACGGCACCAUCAACUUGCAGGAUCUGUGAACUAAUAUCUUCUACUAUAGUAGAAUCUUUUAAACUAACCAUGCAGCAAUUUACUGCUCUCUAUUCUUGAUAAAAAAAAAAAUCUAUCCUUCAUUUGCUUGUUGCUUUCUGGCCAAUAAGAUAGAUGCCUUUGAUUUCAGCUCAUCUAAGAUAGCAGGUAACAUGCCCCAGCUGGUCACUAUGUCUAUCUAGGCCUGUUCCCUCAUCUGUAGAAUGAGAAGGUUGGAACACACGACCUCUAUGUUCCCUUUCAGUUCAAAAUCCAGUAGGCCCUAGGGGCAGCUAGAUGGCACAGUGGAUAGAGCACCGGCCCUGGAGUCAGGAGUACCUGAGUUCAAAUCUGGCCUCAGACACUUAACACUUACUGGCUGUGUGACCCUGGGCAAGUCACUUAACCCCAAUUGCCUCACCAAAAAAAAAAAAAUCCAGUAGGCCCAUACUCUGACAGGGAGCAAAGGGCUAUGGAUUUGUAAAUACUUGAUUUGGAGGAGAGUUGGAGAAUGAAGGAAUGUAUUGGUCAUGGGCUUUAAAAGCCCUCCACUCACUAACAGAGAAGAGGAAGUGAGUACAGAGCCAGCUGUGCUGUUUUGCUCUCCCCUGUGUGUGAUAGGAUGGUUGUAAUUAACAGAUACAUAAAAGGUAUUAACAGUAUUAAAUAUUAAGUGCUAUGCCUAACUGGCCUUUAGUCAAUAGAGAGCCCAAAGCAACAGAUGGUCCAAAGGUUACUUCAAAUAGAAAGGAAUGUGCUUGAAACAUUCAGUGCUGGCUACACUAUGAAAUCUAACAUUGUGAGCAUGGCCGGGUGAAUAGUCACAUCAGCUAAAGGAAUCUUCACUUAAUUAUAAGAAGUGAGGUCAAGUUUCUGUCCAUUACUGUUUAAUGUCCCCCCCAGUUACAGGGCUCCUUGGCCUCCAGACUGACAGCUGAGUAGGAGGGAGACAUGAUGUGAUUAGUAUCUGUCCUGCAUUGUCACUCUUGCUGAAGUCUGGCAAUAACUUCAAAAUCACUGUCUCCUGAGAAUAGAGUUAUUUUGAAGAAAAGAAAAUGAAUGAACCUCUCUUCCCAACUUCACCAUCUCAUUAAAUUUACAAGAAAGUUACACAUUGAUUGAAUUAGCCUUUGAAAUACUUGGCAGGGCCAAUUUACUUUAAAUUGAUAAAAAUUAUUUUGAAUACUCCAUGAAUAUGACUAAAAGAAAAUUGGUUGUUAAUCCUUUGGCAAUUUACAGUCACAUUUUUUUCAGAUUUGACUUUUUUUUCAUAUUUUCAAAGCCUGGGGCUUUUUCCAUUGGGUAUAAUGAUUUCUUUUUGGUGUUACUUAUUGAAUUAAUAGUCUAUUAAAUUAAUGCAAUAACUUUUAUGCUCAAAACUUUCUCAUUAAUUUAUGUAGAAUAAUAAUACUAUUGUGCUUUCAGAAACCAAAGGAAUUUACGCUGCCAAAUGGAUGUAGAUGAUUACUUCUAUGACACUCAAGUCUAUAUGCUAAAAUAUUCUAUUAAGGGUCCCCGAAAGAGUUAUAGAGCAUGAUCCCUUUGCCUCUUUUAAUCAGUGCAAUCGACUGACUGAGCUGUCUGCCAGCAUCAAGCCCAACCAGUGACCAUUUAAAUUGGUUAAUUAUAUUUUUGCUGGCUGGCUUGAUACAGAUUGACAUCUCAGCUAGCAAGUGACAGGAAGUGCUAGAACACCAAAAAUAAUGGAUGUAUCCUCUUCCUUCAAGACCCUUCCACUUUUUCCACACAAGAAAAAGGUCUCAGGUAGCAGCUGGACACACGAAGUUUAUAGUUGCUUUGCCAAAAAACACUAGAACAGCAGCAGACACCAGUCUACUGUUUAGUCUAGCUCUCAUCUCUUCAGAAGGAAAUGCAGGGAGGGGAGGUAAACAGAGCAUUCUCACUUGCCUCAGUGGCCCAGUUCAGUUACAGCUUAGAAGAUAAUGCAAGGAAACGUGGUGGUGCUUUUACCCCUUGUUGGUUAUUAUAACACAUUUCAUGCAUGCCACCAAAAUACAUGCUAAAAUACUAAUCUGUUAUUUUGGAAGUUUUAGAAAAUAUUGGUUUUUAUUUAUGGUUUCUAAAUGGAAAGUCCAUAUCUAAACUCACUGAAGUGAUGGACGGGUAGCAAAGGAGUAAUCAGUCACUUAAUAAGCAUUAUUAAGUAUCUGCAAUGUGCCAGGCAAUUGGCUAGGAAAUAGAGAUACAAAGGCAGUCUCUGCUCUCAAGAAGCUUGUCUUUUAUUCAACUACUCAAGGAGGAGAUUAUAGACCAUAGCUAUUUUUCCACUUAGGAAAAUAUACCAAUUUUUCUCAUAUAAAUGCCCUUGUGAUCAAAGCUUUUUGAUUUCUUUAGUUUACAACUGCAAUUCAGUUCAACAAGCAUUUAUUAUAUGUCAGGUAUGUUCUAGGUCCUAGGCAUACAAAGACAAGAACAAACACAGACCCUGCCCUCUAGUUAACUAUUCUAAAUACAAAUACGUGCCUUUGGAAAAAGGAAAUUUUCAGUGUUUGAAUUGACAUUUACCUUUUAGGGGGAUUUGUGAAAUUAGAGCUUUAGAAAUCAGGGAGGAUAAUUAAUGACAAUAACAACAAACAACAAAGAAAACAGAAUGCUGCAUAGGUUCUGAAAUCUCCUCUCCAAUUAUGAGUGAAGGAGCGACCAUGGAGAUGAUCCAUGCAUGACUCAUGUUCAGAGUGGAUUGGUGAUGGGGGAGUUUCUGUUCUGAAUAGAACUUCUCAUGAAAGGAUUUCACAUAACUGUAAAUAUACUCAUUUGAAAGCACUGUAAAUAGGACAAGCUAAAAUGGUAUUAAUUUUUUUGUAUCCUGUUAUAGAAUGAGUAUUAUUCUAAUAACAUGUAUAUAUUUUUAUCUUUGUUCCACUGAAGAGCACUUAUGUGUGUGUUUCCUAUCAUUUGUAUUACACGUUUCUAUGUGAGCAUAUGCCAAUAAAUAAA